UAGCUGUCUUCUCGACCAGUGUAAUCUAAGGAAUUAAUCGUUAUACAGGACUAUACACCUGCAACACGUACCCAGAACCGUGGAGCGUGACUCCCGCUGGAUGUACCGUUGAGCGGAGUGACGCGGGUCGGUGUGCGGGCGAAUAGAGCCGUGGCUGAGCAAACGCACAAAGUCCAAAUUCCAUCUCCCUUUCCGUGUCCCGGUGCCUCUUCCCGCCCCAUAACGGAGAUGUUGUUCCUCGGAAUACUGCUCAGCAUCUUCAUACAAGAUGUGGUCACCUCCUUGCGGCCCCUCCCCCCGGGCAUUAUGGACUGUGUGGAGGCAGAGAGUGGGUGUGAAGCAGAUCCCCAGUGUAAGGAGCUGUACAGCACCUUGCGGUACUGUGUGUCCGAGGAGGAGGUGGCUCCGCCGGGGAGCAAGGCCAGGAUAGAGUGCCUGGAGGCCUUGAGCGCCCUGCACUACCUCCCCCUGUUGGCCUGCAAGUGUCAGCGCGGCGCACGCAGAGAGGAGCACUGCCUUCGAGUCUACUGGAGUGUCAGGAUCCUGCAGAGUUAUGAGGACUUGGAGGCGUCUCCCUAUGAUGACUCGCCAGUGGAAAUGUCUCACAUGGCCUCCAUAGUGGCAGCAGCCUCCUCUCUUCCUCUAGAUGGACAGAACGCGUGUCUGAAGGCAGCCCAGGACUGUGGUCUGUAUGAGAAAUGCGGGUCCCUGAGGUCUGAGUACGUCCUGGCCUGCACUAAGCGCGUCCCAGGCUCGGACCACUGCAACAGGCAGAAGUGCCACCGGGCGCUGCGGCGCUUCCUGGAGCGCGUCCCGGGGGAGUACAGCCUGGGGUUGCUGUUCUGCCCCUGUACUGACAAACUGUGUGGGGAGAGACGCAGGAAGACCAUCGUCCCUUCCUGUUCCUACCAGGAGAGAGACGGGGAACAGCCCAACUGUAUGCAUCUGCAGAGCUCCUGCAGGAGGGACCAACUCUGCAGGUCCAGACUGGCUGAUUUCCAGCAUAACUGCCAGUCCUCCGGCCAUUCCCCAUCUGGCUGUUUCAGAGAUAGUGGAACAGUGUGCCUCAAAUCCUACGCCGGACUCAUCGGCACCAUCAUGACCCCCAACUACCUUAGCAACAGCACUAUGGACGUGGCCCUGUGGUGCAAUUGUGAGGGCAGUGGCAACCAAUGGAAGGAGUGCCUGAAGAUCCAGAACAUGUUCACCAAUAAUGCCUGUCUGGAGAACUCCAUAAGUACCAUGGGUAGCUCCCCCCCUCGACCAGUGGAGAGCCUUCUUCCCCCUUCCCCUCGCCCCUCCCCCCUGGACCAGCAGAACAAGCUCAGCAACAACGCCCAGGAUGAGCUCAGCAACAACGCUGUGGAGCAGAGUGAGGAAGAGGAGGAUGAGGAAGAGGAGGAGGGGGGGCAGUUUGACGUGAUCCCUCUCUAUGCUGAGAAGGCCACGGUGUCCAAUCUGGGUUCUGGGGGUGGGGGGGUGUCCCCCCGUCUGUCCUCAGCCCCCCCUCCCUCCCUGCUGCUGCUCCUUCUGCUACUGUCUGCCUCUCUGAGCUGGGGGUCCUAAAGCAUCAGCUCUCUACUGUAGCACAGCCCUGCUGCCACAGCUCUGUUGCCACAGCCCUGCUGCCACAGCUCUGCUGCCACAGCCAGACACACAGUGGAGGAUGACAGAGCAGCAUCCUUAGAGUUUCUGAUAGUUUAAACAAAUAACAAAAGAAACAAAAUCAGAAAGGCUUAUUUGACCUCAACCCUUCCUAAUCUCCUCCUUUAACGCCACACCUGUAACACACGCAUUCGUUGAUUGUAUUCAUGCAUACGCUCAGUGUUUCUGUGUGAAGUGUUUCUGUGUGAAGUGUUUCUGUGUGAAGUGUUUCUGUGUGUGAACAACCAGUUUUCUAUGCUCUAUACCUGCCCUGUCCUGCUUUCACAUUCAUAAUCACCUCUCAUCUUCAAUAAUCACCCAUCUUUAAUUGAUAGUACUGUACUGCAUACUCAUUAAAAUGUCAAUGCCAGGUGUGUACGCCAUUAUUUAUUUAUGCAUCCACGCAGUAAUUACCACCAACAAUGUCAUGUUGUAUUGAGUGUAUAUAUCGGCCAUCGGGAUGACUUAGUGUGGGGCUGUUCGUGUGUUGGACAUGGCUGUUCGUGUCUUGGACAUGGCUGUUCGUGUCUUGGACAUGGCUGUUCGUGUCUUGGACAUGGGGAUGACUCUUGUCAGGUCAGAGGAUGCUCAAUGGUUACAAUGUUUUCCUGCUGCGCCUGUACUCAGCACUGUCUGUCUGUCUGUCUGUCUGUCUGUCUGUCUGUCUGUCUGUCUGUCUGUCUGUCUGUCUGUCUGUCUGUCUGUCUGUCUGUCUGUCUGUCUGUCUGUCUGUCUGUCUGUCUGUCUGUCUGUCUGUCUGUCUGUCUUUCUGUCUGUCUGUCUGUCUGUCUGUCUGUCUGUCUGUCUGUCUGUGGUGAUUCUUUGUCUCUGCCUCUGUUCGCUGUAGCACCAAAUAAUGCUAAAUGGUGCUGAAUAAUGAUCAGAUGUUUUCUAUCCCAGCACCUCCAGAGGUGAAGCAGCCCUUUUUAGCAUUUUUCCGCCCGGUGGGCCGUGCCUCCUGCAGGUAGCUGGCCCAAUGGGCUGAUGGGUAUUCAGGGGGGGAGAGGACGCACGCUGGGACUGCAAAUGAGACACGCAUUCAUGAGCAUGCAGAACUGAACUGCCUGACUACUCUGCACAGCAACAAUAUGAUGAUGAAACGCUUUUUUUUUCUCUCCCUCGCUCUCUCGCUCUCCUGAACGCUGUAACGCUGAGUGGACCGAUCUCUCUUUCUAGUCAGGCUACGAGACUUUCCCCCCACUAUCUUCUAUGUGCCGAUUGGACAAUGGAAAGUGACAGGAAAGACCAUUCGGGGUCACUGAACUGUUCUGCUGGUGUACGAAAACAAACCGUGAUGCCAAUACACUGAUUCUCUUCACCCUGCUCCCUUUAAGCAUGUCUGUGUACCACAGGAGAGGGCCAGCUUUCGCCCCCCUACCCCUCAGAACAGGUUCUGUUCUGACCCCUCCUCUACACACCCUGCACAGUGUUCUCUUGAUCAGGUUGUGUUAUGUGCUUUUCCUCUCUCUGCAGUUCAGACACACACCUCCACUGUGUACAUGAAUAUAAUAAAAAAAUAUAUGAUCUUA